AUGAUCAUUCCAGUCCGCUGUUUCUCGUGCGGGAAGGCACGAUAUAUCCUACCCACCGCCGCAGUCGUCGGAGACCUGUGGGAACGCUACUUGAAGCUUCUGGAAGACGGUGUUGCUGAGGGCGAUGCGAUGGACCAGCUGGGUUGCAAACGGUACUGUUGCCGUAGGAUGUUGAUGACUCACGUCGAUCUCAUUGAGAAGCUACUUCGGUUC